AUGGCUUAACAAUCAGUUGAUUUGAAGUCAAAAGUAGAUGAAUCUGUAAAAGGAGACGAAGUCAACGAACCAUAAUAAGAGAAGGAUUCCGAUUAAAAUUAGGACAAUAAAUAGGAGAAUAAAGUGACAGAAUCAAAUGAAAAGAAAAAUGGAGAAGGAUAAAUCUAAUCCUUAUUUGAAAACCAUUAAAGCAAUUUAAUUAGCAAUGUAGAGGCACCAGUAAAUUAAAGUGGAGGUUUGUUUGGUUCAACUAAACCAAGCACAGGAUUGUUUGCCGCUCUAAAUAAAUAAGAGCCAAAUAUUAAUGGGAUUGAUUUGACUAAACCAGGUCCCUCUUUAUUUGGCAUUGAUUACAAAAUUCCUAAAUCAGAUGAAAGUGAUGGUGGCGAGGAUGCAGGAGCAGAAGAUGAUUAAAAACCAGAAGAUGAAGAACCAAAGUAAAUUGAAAUGAAAUAUGACUAUUCAGCAUAGACUGAGUAAUUACUUGUGGCUGAAAUUGAGAAGUUCCGAAAAAAUGCCAAUGAUGUAGUAGAAAAAGGAACAGUUGCCUUGGAAAAGGCAAAAGAGAAGGAAACAUUUUACUUUAUCUAUCGGAAUCAAAUUCAAUAGAUAUUGUAUACAGGAUAAUUAUUUAAAGGAAUUUCAGAAGUGAAACCCUUGGGAUCCAAAUAGGAAAACAUUAUUAUCAGGGCGAUCAGUACAAAGCAGACUCAAUCCUAAAAUGAAAAAGAUUCUAUUUAAGUCGACACUCUUAAGGUCAUGUUUAAAGAUAAAGAGAAAGUAGAUUUAUUUAAGGAAAUAAUGUAAAAUAUGUUUAAAUGA